GUGGGUCAUCUGGUCAUUUCACUAUGACAACGAGAAAAUCCGCCGGUGCUGCUGGAGACGUGCAUCCCAUCUCCACCAGCAGCAGCACCGGUACCAGCAGGCUACCGACCCAGACCCAGCAGAGCAGCCGGAGUCCCGCCGAAAGCGACCCGGUUCCGGGCGAGGCUCCGGAGAUGGUCGGGGAAUUCCGGGACUGGUGCCUGAAAACGUACGGAGACUCCGGGAAGACCAAGACCGUGACCCGGCGCAAGUACGACAAAAUCCUCCAGACGCUGCUGCAGGAGGGCGAGGAGGACGGCGGCCAUCAUCACAUCAACGCCAAGUUCAAAUUCUGGGUCAGGUCCAAGGGCUUCCAGGUGGGCCGAACCGGGCCGGACGGACCGGUGCUGUACGUCCCCAUCAAGGCAACGUGUGUGGACGGCGUGUCGGGCGGAGACCCGUCCCUGAAGCGGGUGGCAGUGGUGGAGGAUUUCUUUGAUAUAAUUUACGCCAUGCACGUGGAGAUCGGCACCGAUCCGGGAAAAACCCCCAGACACGCCGGCCAGAAGAAGACCUACAGAGCUAUCGCUGAGACGUACGCCUUUCUGCCCCGGGAGGCCGUGACUCGCUUCCUGAUGAGCUGCGGCGAAUGUCAGAAGAGGAUGCACAUCAGUACCGCCGGACAGGAUUACAAAGAGAACGACAGACCCAGCUCUCUGGUUUCAGACGUCAUCGACUUCAACGUUCCUCUCACCACCACCUACAUGAAGCAGAUGAAGCUGCACUUCCUCAACAGCAGCAACAACAACAAGGAUGACAGUUCACUGAGCAGUGAGGAGGAGGCAGAGAUGAGCGAGCCCACAUGGCUAGCAGCUGAUCUGGGCGCGGUGUCGGACCUGAGCCCGGCCAGCCGCACGGAGAGGAUCCGCCACAGUCCCCAGAACAUCCACAGCAAGGACGACGACGAUGAUUCAUCGUCAGAAAGCGGCAGCGGUAACGGCCUUCCUGCCCUGACUCCACCCUCCUCUGCUGUGACGGACGGCGCCAUCGUCAGGGAAACCGAGGUCGUUAAUGGCGGCGGCUCGGCGCCGCUGGACUUCAGCAGGCCGACCUCUUCUUCCUCGUCGUCGGAGGACCAGCAGGCGGGGAACCUGAGCGAACGCCUGCCGCUGCCUACCUCACACCUUCCCAUCACCGUGUCGGCCGCCGCCGCCGCGCUGCUCGGCGCGCUCCACCCCAACGCGCCCGAGGAGCUGCGCAGGAAGUACCCGCUGGCCGCCAAGCCGCCGCAUUCGGUGCUGCCGCACGCACACAGCACGCACACACCGACACACGCCUCCGAGCUGCGACUGGACCGCGACGGCCGGGACUACGGCAACAAGUCCCCUCAGUACGGCUCGGGGGGAAGCUACGACAGCAUUAAGACGGAGCUGAGCGCAGAAGACCUCACCAUGGGGCGCCAUGGCAACCAGGUCGCCCCCGACGAUGACGACGACGACCACGACGACCAUGACGACAACGACAAGAUCAACGACACGGAGGGCGUCGACCCUGAGAGAUUAAAGGCCUUCAAUAUGUUUGUUCGCCUGUUUGUGGAUGAGAACUUGGACCGAAUGGUUCCCAUCUCCAAGCAGCCCAAGGAGAAGAUCCAAGCCAUCAUCGAGUCCUGCAGCAGACAAUUCCCAGAAUUCCAGGAACGCGCCCGCAAGCGCAUUCGCACCUACCUCAAAUCCUGCCGACGCAUGAAGAAGAACGGCAUGGAGACCCGCCCGACUCCACCUCACCUGACCUCGGCCAUGGCUGAAAACAUCCUGGCCGCCGCCUGCGAGAGUGAAACCCGCAACGCCGCCAAGAGGAUGCGCCUCGAAGCUUUCCACGAUGAGCAGGUAUCCCUGGAAAAGCCGUCCGGCGGCGGUGGCGGCGCCGCCCUGAGGGACCCCGUGUCCCUCGCUCACUCUGCCUACUCCUUGGCUGCAUCAGCCUUCCCCUCCCAGGACUCGCAGCUCUACAUCAACGGGGCCGGACUCAGCUAUGGUUACCGUGGUUACCCGGGCCUGAGCGCCGCCAUUCAGCACCCCGUCUCCCUGACGACCGGCGCCACCACUCAGAGCAACGGUCCCACAGACCUCAGCAUGAAGUCGCUCUCCUCCACCAACAUCACCAACUGCUCCUCUUCCACCACCACCAACAACCUCAGCGGGCGCGGCGGCGGUGGUGGAGGGGGCGGGGCAUCCACACAGCUCAGCCAACCAGAGAUCACGGCCGUGCGCCAGCUGAUCGCCGGUUACCGGGAGUCGGCAGCCUUCCUGCUUCGCUCGGCCGACGAGCUGGAAAACCUCAUCCUGCAGCAGAACUGAGGGAAACUGUGGGAGACGACACACACACACACACACACACACACACACACACCCCACACACACACACACACCUCACGUAAUGCUUGUUUAGUGUCUGCUUCGCCUGUGAUGAACUCCAGACCUCCUCUACUGUCGUCUCACCUGUGAUUCGGAUUCAGUGGAAUAAAAACAGAAACAAUCUCCCCACAUCUAAACGGACCGACUCUGCAUGUGGGAAAAAAUUUUUUAUUAAUUUUUUUUGUUUUGAGGAAAACAUGGAGCAGAAAGUUUGGACUCCAGAAAAUCCCCUCCUCUCCUGUCUGGAAGCGCCUCACAAUCAGCCGGAGAGGAAAACUGAUGGUACUUAAAAAAACUGUCCAGAUUAAAUAGAGAAGUGUUUAUUAUUAUUAUUAUUAUUAUUUUCCAGUGAAUUUGUUGAAUACAGAAUAAUUUAAACUAACAUCUGAUGAGUCCCAGAUGGACUUUUGAUUUAUUUUGUUUGUUCACUGCAAAAACACAAAAUCUUACAAAGUAUUUUAUCCUAGUUUCUUGUGCAAAUAUAUUCGUACACUUAAAAUAAAACAAAGUUAACUUUCAACAAGAAAUAGGAGCUUGUUUUAAGUAAAUAUUUCUUUAGUAUUGAUAAAAGAAUUUGUUUGACUGGCAGAUCAUCUCACUUAUAACAGGAGAUUUUUUCCGUAUUAUAAGUGAAACCAUCUGCCAGUAGAAUUAGAAUUUGGUUGCUAGGUGACGGGCUGGACUUGGCUGGCGUUGCUAGGUAACGGCACAGGGCCCUUUGACUCUGUAAUAAGUGAAAUAAUGUGCCAAUAGAACUAGUACUUUUUUAUUAGUAUGAAGGGAUUAAUGACUUACAACAAGCUCCUACAUCUUGCUGAAAAGUUACUUCUAAGUUAGUUUUGUCUUAUUUAAAGUGAACCAAGAAACUUGGAUUAAAAACUAGAUAGAAAUACUCGGUAAGAUUUUAUGUAUUUGCAGUGUUUUUGAAUUGACUGAUUUAAAAACGCGGCACUAAAACUGGAGAAGUCUUUAAUUUAAAGGAGAAGUGACAGAUUUUUGUUGUUCGUUGUUUUGCUAGCUUGUACAUACUUGCUCUCUGUGUCCUACAGCACUUUUCUCUCCUCAAACCUCCCGACUCUCACUGUUUUUUACCCAGGAAGCAACUCGCUGCUUACUUUAUGCAUCCAUUUUUCUUUGAGCACCAGGAAUUACCUCAGAUCACACCUGCCGACUCCGCUUUCGGGUCCUCGACAUUCCCAAACGGAAACCAGUUUACUCCGACUCCCCCACUGCAGAAAUGAAGCAUUUCAACGACUCGCUGACCUCUGAACUUUUCCUUUUCUCUGCGCGGGUUAGUUGUUGUGCUGCUGUAAAUAACCAGUUUAUCUUGAAAACUUGAAGAAUCGGAGCUGAAGCCGGCGGGAGUGUGAUAGUUCUGUCCUUAAAUUGCGUGUGUAUGUGGCGUGUGUGUGUAGAGGGGAUGGAGUGGGAGGUGUGUCUCCUCUCUUUACAAACGUACACCUCAGCAUCUUUGGGUUAAACAUACCUCCUCCUUCCCAUCCUCUCCAUCUCAUGGACCUAAACGUCCUCCUCUUGGUCUCCAGAUGAGGAUUCCUCUCUCUUUCUGUGUUUUGUCUUUUUAAACUCUGAAAUGGCCAUUACUAUUGUUGUUACUGUUAUUAUUAUUGUUAUUAUUAUUACUACUCUGAUAACUAUAUGAACUUUCAUGUCGCUGCUGCUAUUGAGAAACUGGACCUUCUGCCACAGACCUGAAACCUCAACCCGGCCGGGCGUGGCGACCCGGCCGAAUGACCGACCGACUUUCUGCUGCCUCGACCACGAACCAUAACCAAACCACCGGGACUCUGUUAGCAUUUCUCCUCCGUCUCACACCGGCUGGUCGCCUCUUUGUUGCUUCAUAGGGCUUUCUCCAUGUUGUCUUUGUGACUUUCUAACUGUGAAUCUCAGUUGUUUUGCCUUGUUUUCUUAUUAUUUCAGUAUUUCCAUCCUCCAGGGGUGCGGUAAGGGAUGUUUUAGAGUGGAAUCACACCAUAUUCCUGACGACCAAAACAUUGAUUAUAAACUACUCAGCACCUUGGUGGGAAGGUCUGAUUUGGACAUAAAUUGGUCACAGAUAAAUCAGAGAUGGGGAUAAAAAAAAUUGGUUUGGUUUGUAACUAGUAGGAACAUCUAAAACAGACAAAACUCAGAAAACAUGUGAGGGAAACAGUUGGGGGCUCGUCCGGGAUGUGAUCCUCUCUUGAAAAAUAUGCAAAAGCAUCAUCUUGAAUCAUCAAGAGUGGAGGAUUCUGGUUGAGGCUUUGGCUGUAUGCUUUUUAGGAUUCACAUUGGUUGCAACAUCUGGUAACUAUCAAGGUUUGGAUUCCCACCAAACCAGUACUAGUGCUUUCUUUAAACCAGUCUUUGUCCGAUUCUGCCAAUAAGAAACUGGUUCUGAUGAUGUUUGGAUUUUAAAAUGCUUGUUGGGAUUGGAAAAAAAUAUAUAAAUGCAACAAAGGGACAUAAUAAUAUAGCCAUGAGUCUCUGUUGCACAAAACAAACGUUUACUUUGGUCUAAGCCAAAAUCUGUGAAGUCUGCAAAGCUUCUAGUCAUUCCUCUCAAGAUGGCGCCGCUUCUGCCCUCUGGUGCUUGAUCUCAGAUCCCUGUCGCUGGGCCGCAUGCGGACCAAAUGAUGUCUAAUUUGGACCAUUCCUGGGUGUUGAUAGCAGCUUUUGGCCAGUGAGUUUGAUUGUCUUUGAGGCUGCAGCUGCUUGGUGUAGCUAAAAUGGGAAACAGGCUCUUAUUCAAAACAUCUAAAGCUAAUUGAUUAACUCAUGUUUGAUUAAGCCAUAAAAGAGUUGCUGUUUCAGCUGGUUCUGCCCAAAAAUACUUGGUCAGAUCUUGUAAAAAGGAUUCUUUUGGAAUAAUUUGCAACAUUAGCAACAAGCCACUUAAGUUUUCAUAUGCAAACUUGAGUUUAUUUUUUGGUUUAGACGUUGUUGCAGAUUGUUGAAUUUAGCAAGAGAUGGUUUCAGCUGCAGCUGAACUUUUAACUCAAUUUUUGCACAAUGAGCCAAACAUUAGUGAUCUAUAGUGUUAAAGGGAAGGCCUAUGAUUGUGUGAGGACAUGCAUGUUGUUUUUGAAAUGCAUUUGAUAAUCAGAAUAUGUUUGCCAUUUUUUUCCAUUCAUGUGACAGGCUGCAAGCAGCGACAGCAAAAACUUAAUUUAGAUCUCCUUUAUGUAGAAUUUCAAAUGAUUAUUUUCACAAGAGAGGAGGAAUCUGUUUUAGUGCUCUUAUUGCUGAAUGAAAAACAUGAGAGAGAAACAGUUGGGGGCUCGUCCGGGUGUGGACCUCUCUCGAAAAAUAUGCAAAAGUAAGAUCAGGUUGGAAGGAUAGAGAGCAAGAAAGAAGCAUACCUUUAGUUCAGACAUGUUGCACUGUAAAUGUUUUUCAUUAGGUUUGCAGAAGACAUGAAUAGCUACAUUUCAGUGUGUUUAAGUAAAAUGGUCAUUUUUAAAGGAUUUUUGCGUAACUUGAUGGUCACACUUAGAAUAGAGUAGUUGGAUAAAUAUUUUGCUACUUUGCACUGGCUGAAGAAUUUGAUACUGAAGAAAUGUUGGACAUUAGAUGGAGGUUUACAUGGUAGAAGAACAGCCCACAUGAUGCUACUGCCAUCAUGGGUUUUCAAACCGCUUCAGGUUGUUUCCAUAACAAACUCUUGUUCUUUGGGUCUAAAAGGUGAAUAAAGUUCAGCUGAACUGGCCUGGUUUUUGUUGACACGUGGUUGGGGAUUGGUCUUUGCUGUAGGUGGAAGGAUAUUUGUUUUGUUUUAGUCCAUUGGACUAAAUUCCUUAGACAGAUGUCUGUAGGGUCUUGGUAAAGUCUAAGUCUAAAUGAUGGUUUUUAUAAAGUUCUCCUGCAACUGCAUGUCCCCAUCCUCAAUCAAAGGCCCUGAUAUUCUGCUACCAUAAACCACCAGACGUUUACUAGAGCUUAAAACCUUUCAGAAACUCUCACCAGAGAGCAAAUGUAGGUCUGAGAACCAAGCAGCUGCCUGUUAGCAGUUUAUAAUCUUGUGUAAGUCAUUCAAGUAGGUUUACCGCAAAACCAGACAUCCACAGUACUGCACCCCCACCUCUCCGAUCAGAAAUGAUAAUAUAAAUAAUAAUUAAAACACCAACAAACUGUGUUAAAUACAACAUAACUAAUAGCAAAGGACAAUCGAUAGAAAGGUGGAGCCAUAAUCGAAGCAUUUCCUCCAGGUGUUUCUGACUCCGGUGGCAAACAGCCAACACAUUUCUAUUGGAUUUUUACUUUUUAAUACAACUUUUGUUAUAAAGGUUUCUAUUCUUUAAGUAUAUUUUGUAGGGUGGUACAAGGUAUUUUAUCCCCCAACUCUCAGAUCCAACACGGUACAUUCCAAACACAGACCUGACCGGCAUCAUGUCUUUUAUCAGAGGUUAUAAUAACUCGAGCCAAACUGCAUGACUUUGCUCUGCAUGAACUUCUUAGCCUGUUCAAAAUGAAUGGAGCAAAAUUUGGAAAAUCAGGCAAUAAAGACGGACCUUUUCUAUUGUCCGUGUCCUACCCACGGUCAAAAUCCUGUAUGAUUUGACAUGAAAUGAGUAACCCAGUUAGUCCCUAACAUUCAUCAAAUGAUAGCGCCAAAACACUGCUAAGACCCUAAAAUCCUCAAGAAGAGGCUGAAGAUCUCACUAGACUUUACCAAGACCCUAAGGACCUCCCUUAAACCUUAAAGACAUUGCCAAGACCUUACUAAGAACCUAAAGUCCUCAACAAGAUGCUACAAAUCUCUGUAAGACUUUACCAAGACCUUACCAAGACCAAGAAGACCUUACAAACACCUGCUAGGACCCUAAAGUCCUCAACAAGAUGCUAAAAUGUCACUAAGACCAUAACAAGACCCUAAGUACCUUACCAGGUACUUAGAGUACUUACUAGUACUUACUAAGACCCUAAAGUCCUGAACGAGAUGCUAAAAGUCUAAUGAAGACUUCAUCAACACCCUGCUAAGAUCCAACAAACACUUCUUGAAAGUAUUUUGUCCAAGUAUGAUCGUCAACCAGUGUAAAGAAAGUCUGAGAGAAAAUAUUUAGUAGUAAAAUUUUACAACUUAUGUUACUAUAAAUGCUUCUAUCAUUCAGGAAACCCAACAAUCAGCAUUUGCAAAACUGAUCUAUUAAGAAAUACUUUCAAAUUAAUGAUGAAACCUUUGGUUCUGAUUAUUAGAAAUAAUGAAUCUAAAGUAGUAUUCAGUAUUAGAGAUGAACCAAACAGCCAGAAAUGUGAACACAUCCCUUUGGACCGGGAUAAAGAACUUGAUGCCGGUUCAGUUCUGUCAGAUGGUCAACAGGUAAAAAUUUAAAGAAUCCUCUCAGCCUAUUUUUGGAGGCGGUACGUUUUUCUUUCUCCUCCUGACUUUGUACCGGCAAACAGCCAACACAUUUCUACUGUCUUGCUUUCUUCUGCCAGGCCUUCGUACCUCCAGUAAAACCAAUGUGAAACCUGUAUUCCCCUCAUUUGACUCAGUGGAAGUGUGAUGUUUACAUGUACAGAUUUUUGCAGAUCUCCCUGGCUUGAUCUUUUUUGCGUUUUUUGUUUGCUUCCCUCCUCCUCCGUUCAUCUCUGUCCGUCCUUUACAGCGAAGGGAAAGGCGUCUGUUUUUGAAACGCCACCGUUAGCAUUAUAAGCGGUGGAAGCUGAUGUCAGCGCGGCGUCGCGGUUCUGGCUGGGGUUGAAACGUGGGUUGGUUUGUCUCCGAUUGUGGGCACAGAAUCACAGUGACCCUCCGCUGGCGUAACCGAGUCCAGAGGAGAGGACGAGUUCCUCAGCGAAUGAUAAGCCAUUACAGACCGCGAGUUUCGGGUCUUUUAGUCUAUUAGUGUAUUUAGCAGAACUUAAAGAAAAACUCAACCUCAGGAAAACAUGUUUUUGUAAAAACAAACCCCUCUGAAGGCCCAUUUCCCUGCCUCUUCUUUGAUACCAUAUAAAUUAUAUCAAAAGUUCUUUUUAUAUUUACUGUUUAUUAUAUUUACCAGUGGAAACCUUUUUUUCCAGUACCUGCGCUUGAAUUUUGGUCUUAACAUACAAGAAGGGGAAAAAAGACAAAAAAAACCCAAAAAACUGGGGAGUUUUUUCUGUUAACUGCCUGGGAGAGGUUUGUUUUACCCAGAAAUGAGAACAUAUCACUCUGGUCCAUGGUGGGGAAAAAAGAUCAGUGGUUUAAAAAAAGAAACUUUACUUUGUGUGAUGUCAUUGCUGAAGCUGAAAUGUUUCUGGACUUGAAAGAUUUGUGACUAUUUAAGUUUGUUGAUUUGUUUUCUGUUUCCUCCUGAGCUGUACGUCACAAAGCUAAAUAUACUAAUAAAACAGUGUGCUAAUUAUGGAAA